UGUAAAGGACUUAUUAUACCUUCUUUUGGAGUAAUUUUACCGUUAGUCAAAACCCUUUCUGCCCGGCAAAGCUAAGGAGAUACAUUUUCUGCAGGUAAUUCCACUGCUUCAAGGAGUUGCAGCCCAGCUAAACCACCUGGAACUGGUUACUAAAACAAGAAGACUCCUUAUAUACAGCUGUCCUUUUUGGAUUUGAAAAUGUGGCAGACCUGAUGAAACCGGCCACCUGGUGACCUCCACAAAAGCCAACUUAGCUGGACCUGACUGCCUUCUCUUUUUAGUCUCCAGGGCUGAUAUGACUGAUGCAGAGCUGACAUGAAUUGGAGUAAAGGCAGCAACUGCAGUAACUGCUCCCACUGGACCCCCACCCGGGCCAAGCCCCGCUGACUUUUGUUAGAUGAUUUAGGAUGAUCAGCUUUCAUCGCUAGAGGAAAGGGAGAGGCAUAAAGAAAAAGCUAUGCCCCCACCAAAGAGAAACUUCUUUUUGACACAAAUAGAUAGGCUCCUCUCAAAUCACCAUGUGUCCUCAGAAAAGCAAACAUACCAAUCGCUCAUCAUGCUCGUUAUUUACACUUGAUUCAGAGAAGACAAAUUUAAAGCAUCCUCGAAUUCAAAUUGGAAUCUGAUGCUCCGGGACAGAGAACAGUGAGCCAAAGUUCAUGAGCAAAGACUAGACUCUCUCCACAGUCUGGAGGCUGUAAAUCUUGUCCCUUCCGCUGACUAACAAGACACAGAGGAAGGUGUUGAAGCUUCCUGUUUCCUCCACAGUCACCUGCCCACUAGCUAUCUCUAGGGAUUGGGCAUUUAACAAUUUGCCUAACUCAUAGCUGACCUAACCGGUAAUUAUCUCUUCAAUGAAAUAAUACUCUCACAUCCCGGGGAAACAUGAAAAAUAUAAUCACUAACAGAAUCUCAGGCUGGAAAGAGCCUACAGAGUGACCCACAUGAUGAGGAAUGGGCAUUUUAUCCUCCUGCACCUCUACUGGCUUUUUUCAGAGCCUGGGGUCCAGUCACCGGAUGCCGCUCAGAACACCUCAUGAAACAAACUGGAGAAAUGCCCUGUGACUCACAGGCCUUCCACUAAGAGCCAAUGGCCCAGCAAAGCAUGAAAGUGAGACCAGUGCUUCUGAAGCGGAACAGUCUGGACUCGGUGGAUUUCAUCAAAGCGCCCCAACACCGCAGGAGCAAAUCUCAGCAAGUCCGGUUCAAGGAGGAUGGGGCCAACCAGCAGCCCACUGACCUGGGGGAAGCGGAUGCCCAAGAGACCGGGGACCCAACCCUGACAGGGAAGACAGAGGUGUCCAGGCCCCACUACUCGCCCAGCUAUUCCCUCUCUCUCCCCCGAUCGCGAAGUGGGAAUAUUCGGAACAUCGCUAUCCAGACCUCCCCUAGCCUCAGGAAGCACUUCCCGGUGUUCAAAAGGAAGAAGCUGACCGCCAGCAAGUCUCUGCUGGAGAUGCCCACCAAAUCGAAGAGCUCCAUCCAACUCAACGGCAACCUCCCCGAGCAAGACGCCGUGGCUUCAGACCUUGCCUAUUUAAGCAUUACUCCGCCUUUUGGAGAGGAGCCUAAGAGAGGCAAGAGAGCUCAUCCUUUCUUCUCCAGAGUGGUCAAGGUGCAAAGCAACGGGCCCCUCAGCAUAGCCAUGGACCCAGGUAGUUUAGGAAAGCAAGAGAAGGCCACAGCUUCUACCCAGGUCCCAGAGGAGGGACCACACAGUCCUCCAUGUGAAGCAAAAGCCUUCAUUUGUGGCCGAGAGCCCACUGGUGAGUUAAGUUCUAUGAUAGAGCCUUCUGAAACAAGCAGGACGGAUGGCAACACCAUGUUGCCCUCUGUUUCAGAAAAGCCUUCCUCCUGCCCAAAUGCCACCAGCAGAGUCCACCCCCAUUGUGACUCCUACCAAGCAGAUACACAUGAUCCCAAAUCGAUUUUUCCCAAAGAAGACUCUGCAUGUACACGGCCAGCUCCUUCUUCACCUCCAUUAAAGGAAGCGUGUACUCCACCAGCUCCGCUCACUCCCAGCUCCUCUCCCAGCCUCUUCAGAGACCUUGGACAGUCCACCCACCUCAGAUCGGCUUCCGACUGGGUAACGCUGAGUAACAAUAAUCAGGGCCUAAUAACACUGGCAGCUGGUAAUGCAUCAAAAUCUGCUCCCUCCUGUCAGGGGGAGAUGGAGAAAAAUUCCACCCAAUCUGAUGCUCCAGAGUUUAAAACUGGUUUAGGAAGCUUUCACAUCCAGCCCUCUCUCCCAAGGAAGGAAAUAAAACCUCAAACCAACAAAGAGAUUAGAGAAAUUAAUCAAAUUCACCUGGCACACGGUGAACUCUGUGACCUCCAAGGCAGACUGCAAUCCGUAGAGGAAUCUUUGCACUCAAACCAAGAGAAGAUUAAAGUCCUUUUGAAUGUAAUUCAAGACUUGGAAAAAGCCAGGGCCUUAACAGAAGGGCGCAACUUUUAUCGCACUGGCCAGGAUCUCAACAACUGCAGCACUUGCCAGAACACGGCAUGCAUCAUAUACAGUGUAGAAUAUGACUUCCGACAGCAGGAAGGCAGAUUCCAUCAAGUCCUAAAGACCCUGGAUCAAGUGGAACAGAUUCCGGAGUCGUCCCCUCCACAGCAGGUGCCUGUAGACCCUCCCAUCCCCGAAAAACAGGACAUUCGAAGAAAAAGUAAAAAGAUGAAAAAGAAAUGUUUCUGGUGGAUUUGAGCUUGCUAGUUACCACUGGCUACCCAAUUCCCAGUCUGCCUUCCAGAAGAAGAAGAGCUGUAACUCGAGGCUUUACAGCUCUGCAGUGAAACCACAAACAAAGCCAUGGUACCACGCUCAUCAAUCAGCAACUUAGAGGACAGAACUGUGGAAGCUGAAAACUGAGCUUGAAAAUAUACACAGGAAAAAAAAGACUCAUCAGCUUGUCCACCAUGUAUUUAAGGGGUUAGAGAUGCUUCGCAGACAGCAAACCAUUAACUGUCAAAUAAUAAAGCCAAAUUUUUGGUUGGAAAUGGAGGAGGAGGAAUGCAAAUGGCCACUCCCACAUCAGUCAAGCAACCAAUGGCAUUUAUUGAGCACCUACUGUGUGCAGAGCACUGGACUGAGUGUU